AUGAGCAGAUCGUCCAAGCCAAACCUCCUCUUCGAUAGUGAAAUUGAGAAGACCGCGAAGAAGCUAAGGAAGGAGGCAAGGGCGAGGAAGCUACUGGAUCUGCUGGAUUCGCAGGCUGACUUUCCCGUUCGACCGGAGCAGUUUGUCGAGGAGAAACCCGGUUCUGUCGCUGCUGAAGAGAAACGCCCCACGGGGAUUACGGAGGAGCACUUUAGAUUGGCGGCAUUCCCCUUCACCAUGACAGCAGAGGCGAACUCUUGGUUCGCGAGUCUUCCUCCCAAUUCUAUCACUACGUGGGCAGAGAUGAAAAAGCUAUUCUUGGAACAUUUUUUUCCGCCCACCAAGACGAAUGCGCUGAAGAAAGAAAUUAGUGGAGUGAAGCAGGAGUACGACGAGUCAUUGAGCAUAUACUGGACUCGAUUCAGGAGAUUGGUGGACAGUUGCCCCAACCAUAAGUUUUCGGAUGGGGAUUUGCUGCAGUACUUCUAUCAGGGGAUGACCGUGGAUACUAAAAACCUUGUGAAUUCAUCAAGUGGAAGAGGGUUUUCCCAAAACACGGUGAGUGAAGCCAAAAAAUUAAUUCAACACUUGGUGGAAGCUACGAGGGAAUAUGAUGAGCCACGCAUUCAAAUGCUCAAGAAAGCUGCGCAAGCAAGCUCCUCAAAUUUGGAUGACAAGUUAGAAGAGAGAUUGGGAAGGAUGGAGAGAAUGCUAAGCACUGUGGUGGAGAAAGUGGCGAGCGCUGGACAACCGACAGAAAAACCAUGUGGAGCGUGUGGAAACUUUGGCCAUACGAGCUUGCAGUGCACAGGGGCCGAGCAGAAGGUGCAAAUUGAGGGACUAUCUCGUCAGAUGUCUCAGCUCGCCACAUCCAUGAAUCAGCUUAAGGGAAAUAAUGGAGCUUUGCCAUCUCAAGUUCAUGUGAAUCCCAAGGAGAAUGUCAACAAGAUCACCUUGAGGAGCGGUACAGAGUUGGACGGACCGACAACCCAGAACUCUCAAGAUGGACCGCAGGAAGAUUCUGGAGUCGAAUUUCGUGUGGAGGAAUUCGAGCGUUCUGUUGGCGUAAAGGAUUCGAUCAUUCAGCAGGCAGAACAGCCCCGUUUGGCCAAACAGAGCAAGGGGCCGACAGCUGAGCAGAAAGGGAAAGGAGCAGCACUUGAAUCCAACGAAGAGGAGCAGACCGAGGUCUCUAAACCGUUGAGCUUACAUGAUCCCAAGGCUGCAAUAUCAGUCCCCUUUCCAGGAAGGUUGGCGAGGAAGAAGCCGGAAGAGGAGCUCAUCGAUUUUGUGAAGAUCUUCGGCAAACUUGAAGUGAAUCUUCCAUUCUUGCAAGCACUGAAAAUUCCUCCUUUUGGGAAAUUUGUGAAGGACUUCAUAGCUGGAAAGUCCAAGGCAACUGGAAAGAUUGUGAUGGGCGAGAACGUUUCAGCUGCACUCAAGAAGGAGUUGCCCGCCAAAUGCAAAGAUCCUGGUAUGUUUUCUCUUCCCAUUUACAUUGGUGAUACUAGGAUCGAGCAUGCUAUGUGUGACUUAGGAGCGUCUAUCAAUGUUAUGCCUCUCACUGUUUAUAAUAGAUUGUCGGGUGUAGAAUUGGUAGAUACUAGAGUAGUCAUUCAGUUAGCCGAUAGAUCUUGA